CGCUCGUUCAGUCCACCUCCAGCCGCACAUUUGUUGACUUGUCCGUCGCGUAGUAAAAUUCGUAUCGGAACCCAGUUAUUUGUGCAGUGGGACUGUGGAAAAUGUUGUAAUUUUACCACGAUAGCACGGCCAGUGAUCUAUUCGAAAAAAGAGGAAGCUGAGCUGUUUUCCCAUCUCUGUCUGGCACACGCAACUAUGCCUGCGCCUUGCUAUUGGAAUAGUUGAUGUUGCAACUGGCGUAGAGUAAUCGAGUGCCCAUCAUGUCGGACAAGGUGAGCACAUCCUUGGCAGCCCAACUGCAUUCCCAUGCCCUGGCAUCGGCGGAAGGUAGUGGUGGUGUUGGUGGAGUGAGCGCCUGCCAUGCCAGCACCGAUAAGGACAUCCAUGCUCCUCCUCUUCAGUUCGAAAUGGACGCGCCGGCGGCUGCGAUCAGUGCCCAGCUGAAUUUCAAAAUCGUGCCCGCCGACAGUUUGCCCGGGCUGAGCUACCAGGACAUGUUCGCCUCCAUGAAUACAUCACAAAUCUCCAAUGCCUCCACGGAGUCCAGCUGCAGUCCGCCCAUUCAGGGCGCGAUACCGCCUCCAAAGCCCAGUCGUCACAUGGCCGUGCAGCCGCUGAAUAGCAAAUCCUGCCGAUUUCCCAAGCUAGAGGAGUGCGCCCACUUCCACUACGAACGGGUCCAGCUGGGUCCGCUCUCCGUGCAGCUUUUGGAUGACAAAUCGGAGCACAUGGGCAGUAGUAUUGCCUCCCAGUCCAUCGGCGGUGACCUGCCGCACAGCUCGCUGCGUAGCUUCUCCCCGAAGAGCUGCUGGUUCAUCAUCCGCGUGUGCCCACAGCGCUGCGAACCGUUCCUGAUCAAGCGGAGCUUCGAGAACAUGCAGCUGCUGGACGAGAUGCUCCACCGGUGCGUGUAUGACCGGAAAAUCAGCGGACUGCGCAAUAUGGAGGAACUGGCAGCCGAGCUGCCCAGCGAGUCGGAUGUGGAGUACGCGGUGGCCAAGUACCUGGAGCGUUUCUCGAUGAUCGCCUCCGAUUCACUGACCUGCGGCACGAUUCUCACUUGGCUGCAGCUGGACAACAAGGGCAGGCGACUCCCGCUGGCGGAUGGCGAGACCCAAAGGACUAUCAACACGCCGGCGGUUGGGGCUGCCUAUGGAGUGAGACGCUAUCAGGCCCAGGCUCCCGACGAGAUCAACAUCGAGGUGGGCGACAUGAUCUCCGUGAUCGAUAUGCCGAGUCCGGCGGAGUCGAUUUGGUGGCGUGGCAAGAAGUCGCAUCUCCAGAAGUCCCUAUACGAGGUGGGCUUCUUCCCACAAUCCUGUGUGGCCACCAUUGGCGACAAGGUGCCGAGGAAUUUUCCCAUGCCGGCUCCGCUCGUGGGUCACCUGGAUGCUUCACCUACUAAGCCAGUGCUGCGCAAGCAUGGGAAACUGAUCGCCUUCUUCCGUUCCUUCAUCCUGUCGCGACCAUCCCGGCGUCGCUUGAAACAGAGCGGCAUUUACCGCGAGCGCGUCUUUAACUGUGACCUGUCCGAGCACCUGCUGAACAGCGGCCAGGACAUACCCAUGGUCCUCCGCUCCUGCGCGGAGUUCAUCGAGAACUAUGGCGUUAUAGACGGAAUAUACCGGCUCUCUGGCAUCACCUCCAACAUCCAGCGUCUGAGGCGUGCCUUCGAUGAGGAGCGUGUGCCGGAUUUGGGUAAUCCGGAGAUGAAGCAGGACAUCCAUGCGGUCAGUUCGCUGCUCAAGAUGUACUUCCGUGAGCUUCCCAAUCCUCUGUGCACCUACCAGCUGUACGACAACUUUGUGGAGGCUAUACAAGUCAAGGCCGACGAGGCGGAUGAGAGAUUGCGACUCAUGAAGGAGACGGUGCUUAAGCUACCACCGCCACAUUAUAGAACUCUUAAAUAUCUGGCCGAGCAUCUGUUUAAGGUGUCCCAGCACCACGAACGCACUGGAAUGACGGACAAGAAUCUGGCCAUUGUGUGGGCUCCGAACCUGCUGCGCUCUCCCGCCCUGGAGUCAGGGGGCGUUGCUGCUCUGCGAGGCGUGGGCGUCCAGGCGGUGGUCACCGAGUACCUGAUACGGAAUUGCCAUAACAUCUUCGACGCUCUGGAUGAUCAUCCUUCGCGGCAGAGCAUGGUGGCGAGUGCUGCGGCAGCUGCAACUACGGGUGGAGAGCUGCGUUUGGAAUCGCUGACAGAUUGCGAAAGUCUGCUGGUGGAGCAGCGGGAGCAGGAUCAAUCAUUGGGCAUGGUGGAGCGACCCAAGAGCUUAAGCACUGGUGGAGCCAAGUUGAUAAGUCUGGAGGAGGCCCAGGAGAGGCAUUCGCGGGUAGAUGGCGCCGACCUCAAGCAGUCACUGCCCAUUAGCAUGCUUACCAGUACGAGCAGUAAUGCCGCUUCCAAUAUCGGCUCCUAUAUCGAAGUGGGCGGUGGUCCGUCUAGCUUGCCAGAUAAAUACCACACGGUGCUGUCGGCACCACGUAGCUGGCAAAAGCGUAAGCCGGACAAGACGCCCUCUUGGAAGUCGAUAUUCACGCGCAGUCAGCGGCAAGGCAAUCCCGAUCCUGGCCAGAAAAUCACCACAGAUGCCAAGGAUUCCGUUGCUUCGCGGGUAAGCUUCGUGCAGGCCUCGCAUGCACAUGCCAGCAAGGAACUUACGAAGCACGACAAACCGAAAUCCAUUGAACUCCUGGAGACCACGAGCAACGAGCGAGAUCCCAAGCCAAUGGACCUGUGCAUACGGUCCAAUUCGAUUGAUAGCCUGCGCACAGUGGGUCAUUCAAGGAGCGUUUCCCACGACUCCUACUUCGAUUUGCUGCAGUCGCCGCAAAGGGGACACAUGACCACCUGUCCGUCGCGGGAGCUCUCCGAACUGGGUCUGAAUUUCGAUCGCGAGGAGCCGGAAAUGCGCAUCUUCUCGGAGAGCGAGUCAUUGGUUAGCUCCCCGCGGGUGGGCAAGGAAAAUGUCCCACCUGCUACCGGCUGUGCCACACGUCGCAUAAUGCGCGCCCGGCCGGAGGAGUUCUCCAGCCAGACGAACAGUGUUAAUCCCAGUCCCAAGAAGCAGCCACGUCUCAAUCUCCUCUCCCCCAGCUCGGCUAGAACAAUGCCGCCACCGCCUCCACUAGCAGCUGGUGCUGCAUCUUCCUCCUGUGGCCACGAAUCUGCUGGAGCGGAGAACUGUUGCAAGCGUUACAAACUGGAAGAUCAGUUGUGCGACAUCCAAUUUAUUGACUGUGGAACUCCGGAAACUGUGCCCACCACCCAACAGCAGUUCGCCAGUGUUGAAGUGCAUCCACCACCGAAGCCGGCGAGGGCUGCCGCCCAAUCUCCCAUUUCGCCGUCGACGGCUGCAUCGGCCGGUUCCUCCACCCCGUCGACCCGCUACAGUUAUCCGUCGGUCCAACUGGGUGCCAAGCGAAAGGAGCAGCAGGCUGCCAAAGAGAGAUUUAGUUACCAGGGCACCUUCACGCAGCCAGGACAGAAGCAGGAGCCUCCAGCUCCUAGGGCAGUGCAUGCAAACAACACUGCUACUCUGAGGAAAUCACGAGUGGAUCCUGUCGAGCUUGAUGGCCAGAUCAAGCUCUCUGUGCCCACGCCCACAACUCCUGGCCGUAGUCCUCGUUACUCCCUUUUGUUGUGCGACACCGAAAGCUCUGAGAACAGUUCGGCGGUGAACACACCACAAUACGACAUGGAGCCCCUCAUGCUGGCUUCGGCCAUGUCCGGCGUAUCCGGAGUUUCUUCCAACAUGCAACAGCAGCUGCUUCUAGGAAUAGACACGGACAGCAUAUACCAGGGCAGCUCGCACGAGAGUCUGGGACAGCAGUUUAACAACAUCCAGGAUGCGGAACAACGUGAUAUGAAUGCUCUUAAGCGGGAGCUUUCUCUGGAUCUUCAGCCACUGCAAUCGCGCUUGCCACAGCCGGCGAAUCGAGCAGCCACAUUGCCGGUGAAGGAGCAUUUGCAGGCAGCGGCGGCGGCAGCCAUGUGCUCCUCCCCAAACAACUCCAAUUUCACGGACAACACUAGUCAGUCGGUGACGCCCAGCGAGUAUGGCUACCAGCAUUUGCAGCGCCAGCUGAGCAUGCACUCCCUGCUGGCCACCGACGAUAGUUCGCCGGUGUACGAGGACUUCGAACAGACUCCCGUCAAGAUGGUGCCCACCAGCCCCAUUAAAUCCACCAUUAGCAUCACAUACAAAUCGCCGGAGAAGGAGAAGAAACCUGCGCCACUUUUGGAGACCAAUUUCGAUGAGAACAUUGUCUAUGAGCAGGUUAAGUUGUUCCGCAACUCGGUAACCGAGGUGAAUCAAAUGCUACACGAGCGAUCCAGCCUAAAGCAGAUCGCCGAGGAGGAGCAGCAGGAUGGAGGUGCCUUUAGGGCGGCGGAGAUGACGCAGCAACUGUUGCAGCUGGAACAGGAUCAGCAGCAAGAGCAGCAGCAGCAGGAGGAGGAAGAGCCGGAGGAUGAGGAGCAGUCCCAGUUGCUCUACGAAAACAUUGAGCUGCGCAAACCGAAAACAGUUUACGAAAAUCUACGUGGCGAGGAGAUGAAAUUCAUCAUAGAAGAUCAAAAGCCGAGCAGUGAUAGAAUCGAACUCGAUAGUCUAGACAGUUUGCCGGACAACAUGGAACACGAGCAUACGUCACCCAGCAAGUCGCCCUCUUUCAGUGUCAAGGAGUUGGCCAACAAAUUCGAGAGUUCGCCGGUGGAGCAGCUGCCCAGCUUCGAUUUCUCAGUACGCGGCGGAUCGAUGAAGAAGCCCAACGAACUGAGCGUGCCGAAGGCUAUGCCGGCACCCGUGCCGCUCAAGAAACUUAAUAGCAGUGCCCAGAAGAUAACGCGCUCGCUGGAUGAGAAUGCCUUUGUCCGCGAGUUUGGGGGCAAGCAACUACAAGAUCUAUCUGUUUCGGGCAAGCUACCAGAGGUGAUGUCAGAGGUCAACAGCCGGCGCAAGAGUUUCGAUUUCACGCGACCCAAGACCCUGAAUCCCCCCAAGCGUUUGCCGGGUAUGAGCAUCACCGAGGAGAUUUGUCAGAAGCGUGGUGGCGAACCGGAGCCCAUUACGCCCACUACCGAGAAUCGCAUUUCGCUUAUCCAGCAGAAUAACAUGCCCAAGGAGCAGCAGGUGGCAGCUAAUCAGUUCCUACCUCCGGCGGGACGAAAAAACGUGUUAACCGGCGUGAUUCUGGAUCGCGAGCGGAUCGACAAAAUCAAGGAGGAGCGUCGUCAGCAGCUCACGCAAAAGUACUAUGGCGACACUCUAAAAUCUCGCUCGCGCACGGAACUCAACGCAGAAGACAACUUCCCGGCUACAGAAUCGCUGCGUAUCAAGUCCAAAUCCCGUGGCGAUAUGCACGCUCUGCAAAAGGACAUGGACAUGAAUCUGAAACAGUUGACCCGCGUGGCUGGUGGUGGGUCGGAGAGCACCCUCCACAUGGGCGUGGGCAUGGGUCAGGGUAAUGGACAGGAGCAGCUAGCACAACAGCGGGUGCGCAGGAUUUCGGACGAGAAGAAUCAAAAUUGUGAUACCAGUAAUGGUGGCGUGAGUGGAGUAACCGCCACCUCGCUGCUCAGCGUCAAGACGGCGGCCCAGAAAUAUGGAAGCACCAGCAAGGCGCCAGCGAAUAAGUUUGAGCGUGGCCAGCCCAUGCCGCGCGAGCGUUUGCAGCGGAACUCGUUGGCCGAGAGCACUUCAGGCACCAACAACAGAGAAAAGAUCUCACCACAAUUCUCAAUACGCGACGUGACAGCGAUGUUCGAAUCUCGUUCACAAAACCAAUAGGCUAAGGCAACUCUAGCAACUAAUUACAUCGAAAUAAUGAGACCGCUAUCUACAUAUAAUCACAGUUCUGGAGCAGCAGUGUAUAUAUGCGCAUAAAAGCAUAUAUAUUUUAUUUAGUUUUUAAUCAUUCACUUAAGCGCAUUGAAAUUCUCGAAAGUGUUAUUGAUAUAUACGGCGCAAGCGGCUCCAAAGACAUUCAGAUUUAUAACGCCGCGCCUAUUGCAGCAACAUUUAUAAUGAUAUAUACUGAUGAUAAUCAUACUGACGACGCUUUGCGCCUUAAAUCAUAUGCAAAAUUCAAUUUUGUUUUGAAGAAGCAUGAAGAGAGUAUAACUAAAAGACCAUCCACAUCAUACCCCGAAAGUCCCUCGAUCCUAAACAGUGCAUAUUGUUAUUGCAUUUUACGCGUUUCUUUGCAUAGGUGUUAAGUUUCAUUCGUUUAACCUUAAAAUAACAAAAACAGUGAAUUCAAACUGUUUGAAUUCAACUUUGAUUUGUUUUUGCGUGAUUCUUGUUUCCGCGACUAAAUUGUGACGACCAUGUAUCGGAGAUGAUAAUUUUCUUAAUUUAAAAUGAAAGCAUUUGCAACAACUUUGAGCAAGUUGUCUAAGUUAAUUAUUAUACGAUUAAUUUAUAUAUAUUUUUUAAAACAAUAAACUCAAUUGCAUUGUCACUCAA